AUGGACGACGUUUCGGCCUCCCCGACGUCCGGCAAGACCCGAGCGUCGCUAUUUAGCAACUCGCUCUUCCCGUCCUCUUCUCCGUCCCCAUCUAGGCGACGACUUUCCUCCUCAUCCUCAAAUCUUGGUACACCAUCCUCCGAGAUGUCGUCCUCGCGAUCAGGGCUGUUCCAGCAGACAUCUAUGGCAUUGCAGUCGUUUGCCAUCGAGUCGGUGAUUGCCGCUUCUGCGGCACCUCCUCGACUGCCCAUAGCGCAGAAUAAGGAACCACUCUCUUUACCGACAACGACGAAAAACUUUCGAGGUUUUGUACAGAAAUCCGGUCCUAUGUUCUGGUUUCAAGACGGUGUCGAAGCAACACUGCUAUGGCAGGACAAGAGUUGGACGCUCAUGUGGAUGGCUAUCUGGGCAGUAGUAUCGAUCUAUCCUUGGCUCCUACUGUUGGCCCCCAGUACAAUUCUAUCGGUGAUUCUGAUCAUGACGCAUCGCGCCAGAUAUCAAGACACAAUGACGCCGAGCAUCCGUAUGGAAGUACCCAAUUUGCCCGCUUCUAAAUCUCCCAAGUCCACCGCCUCCACAGCGGCCGCAUCGCCCGCCGAGGUGCUAUCCUAUUCUACCACCUUCCCCACCAGCACGGGCGAAGGUAUUGUCCAGCCACCACUCACUCCCAAUCCACCACACGAGGGAACGCUCAAAUACUAUGAGAAUCUGCGCGACAUCCAAAACAUGAUGAAGAUGAUCAUCGACGGAUACGAUUUGCUGGUCCCCACCGUGCCCUAUCUCAACUGGUCUAGCUACAGUCGAAGUUUGCACAUCCUCCAGCUGAGUCUACUGACUACGGUGCUCAUGUUCUUCAUUGCUCCCUACAUCCCAUAUCGUGCAGUGAUGUUGAUUGCGGGCGAAGGAGCGUUUAUCCUCAAUCAUCCGUGGACAAAACCCGCAUUGGAAGGUUUGGCGAAGCGUAUCGAUACGAGCAGAGAGGGUCGCAAGUUGAUCAAGAUUGCCAAGGAAGGUGGACACAGAGUAAGGGAGUGGAUCGAGCAGGAUCGAUUGGACGACUAUGUGUGGGAGAGGGGAUGGAGGAACGUCGAGAUGUUUGAAAACGAGCGAUUUGUAGGGAGCAAGAGGGCGGCUAGUUCGAGCGGGGUUGUGGGCGGUUGGAGUGCACAUAACUUGAGAAUGGGAGAGAGAUUGCCUUGGACAAAGGGCCCAGAUGGUUGGAGCAGUGAGGAAGUCGAAGUUCUGCCCGGUCAUCAGAUCGACAUCAGCAGGCAAGUUGCGAUGAAACUCGAACCGGGCUGGGAGUGGAUUCCCGGCGACGAGUGGAGGAUCGAUUGGGGUGGAAGUUGGUCUGCCGUCGGAACGGAUGAUCAGGGGUACGUGUAUACGGACGCGAGUUGGCAGAAGCCUGCAAGCUAUGCUUACGGUCAUGGUGGCGGUGUCCCCGAUUAUCCGCCUUCUAUCUUUGACGUUCAGCAGCAGCAGGCUGAUGGAGAAGAUGAAGAGACCUUGCUGGAUCAUCAGGACGAAGAGUCGGAUGUCAGGAGUACGUUGCCUCCGUUGAGUGCUGGAGUGGUGGACCACGAUCCCAAAAUGAAGGCCGAGACCAGGAGGAGAAGGUGGUUGAGAAGAGCAGUGAGGAGUGCUGCUUGA